AUGCAGAACAAGGAGCUGGACAAGUACCUGGAGCAGCCGCAGCUACUAGACCCGCAUCUUGGAUCGCUGCUGCCGCCGCUGUUUGUGAGUCUGGAGGAGGCACUUGCUGGCGCGGGGCGCAAUGAUGGUGCGGCCCUGGCCGACGCUGAGCACGUCCAAGCCGCGCUGUUCAUCAUUUACUGCUUUGCCAAGGUUCGUGGCGUGGCAACUGUUGCCCGAUUCUUCCCGCACGCGCCCAAGGACGUCGAGCCUGUCCUUGCGCUCCUGCAUGGCCUCGACCCGACGGAUCCGGAUCGAUGGGCAGCGCGGUAUGUGUGCCUCCUCUGGGCGUCGAUUGUCAUCAUGGUCCCGUUUGGCCUUGAGUCGAUUGACUCGCACGGCUCGCUUGUGGAUGACUUGCUGGCACUGGCCAAGACGUACCUGGCCGAUGCGUCGCGGGCGUCCGAGGCCGCGGCUCUGCUGGUAGCGGCGAUGCUUGCCCGGCGCGACCUCGUCACCAACUAUCUCGCUGCAUUUGUAGGAUGGGCAAUGAGCAAAUUGCAGAGCGCAGACGGACAUGGCCAGAGCGUGCCAGGCGUGCUCCUGGCGCUGAUCGAGACGUUUAAGCGCGGCGCGCGCGCGGAUCUGCUCCCGCUGGUGGGCCAGGUUCUCCCGCUGGCUCUGAGCAUUGCUAGCAGCGCAUCAUCGAUGCUUGUGCGCGACCGCUCGGUCCGGCUGGUUGAGCGGCUUGGCCUCACAUACCUCAAGCCCACAGUGCCGGCUUGGCGGUACCAGCGGGGAGGGCGCGCGGCGGUGGCGGCCGCGCUUGCCGGCAAAGCCGCUCGCGCCGAGAGCCCGUCGGCGGCGGCAGCGGCGGGAGACAUCGGCACCAAUUCGUACUCAGACUCUGAGUAUGAGAGCGACGAUGACGACGAAGUUGACGAGAACAUCGACCCGAUUGUUCACGUGCUGUUGCAGGGGCUCUCGGCGCGCGAGAACAACGUGCGGUGGAGCGCAGCGGCGGGGCUUGGGCGGAUCUGUGAGCGUCUUCCAUCCGAGUUUGCGGCCGAGGUUGUGGACAACAUUGUGGGCCUCCUCUCACCGGUCCAGCCCGAGACGGCGUGGCAUGGCGCGUGCCUUGCGCUGGCCGAGCUUGCGCGGCGCGGCCUUCUGCUGCCGGGCCACUUGAGCGUGGUGGUGAAGCGUGUGCUCGAGGCACUGGCGUACGACGUCAUGAUCGGGACUCGUGCGGUUGGAGCCAACAUUCGCGACGCGGCGUGCUACGUGUGCUGGGCGUUUGCACGGGCGUACGACGCGGCGGUGCUGCAGCCAGUCUCGCUGUCGCUGGCACAAGGCCUUGUGGUUACCGCGCUCACGGACCGCGAGGUCAACUGCCGGCGGGCAGGUGCAGCUGCGCUGCAGGAGCUGGUGGGCCGGCUCGGUGGACGGGCCAUCCCGCACGGGAUCGAGAUCAUCACGACGCUCUCGCGGUUUGUGGCGUCGUACGCCGAGUAUGCCGAGGCGGUCUUUGUGACUCUAAUGAGUAAGACGAGCCACUGGGACGCGGGCAUUCGCAGCUUGGCUGCCAAGGCGCUGGCCUCAAUCUUUGACCUCGUCUCGGAGCAGAUCCUGACGACGGCGGUACCGCAGUGGCUGGAAGCCGCACGGGCGCGGGCGGUGAGCAUCCGCCACGGUGCGCUGUUGGCGCUCGGUCACGUCCUCCAUGCUGCAGCGGUGGAUGGGCUCGAUGGGGCGUGCGAUGUCAGUGCUCUGGUUGCGCUCAUUCCCGAGUACGACGCCGCACGCAAGUUCAAGGGUGUCGCCGGCGUGCUGACCCGAAAGGGCAUGCUCGAGCUCGUCUCACUGGUCUCGAGUGCAGGACUGGCUUUGAGCGAUGAUGACCGGGCAAUUGUCCUCGAGUUUGUGCUGGCCUCGUUCCGCGCUCCCGAGGCCGUGGAGGACGCCAAGGCGGCGCUGUCGGCGUUUGGCCAAGUUCAUUUGAUGGCCGAAGACGGCGAGCUGAGUCUGGCACGGGUCGCCGAGCGGGUGGCGCGGUCUGCCAGGACGAAUCCGGAGCCGAUUGCGUCUGCGUUUGUGGGCGCGCUGGGCGCGCUGCCAUAUGCGAGCAGCGAUGCGCGCGGCGGAGCGAACUCGCCGCUGUGGGCACCACUCGGAGUGCUGCUGGAUCUGAUGCAGAGCGGAGCGCCUCCGGCUCGACGCGAAGCGACCAAAUCGCUGGUCACGCUCGUUGUCACGACCGAGUUGGUGGCAGCGGCGCUGAGCGGCGACGAGGUGGCGAUUGAGUAUGGGCGGCAGACAGUGAGCGCGCUUGUGGGUGCGCUCGACGACUACACGCGGACCGAGGACGGUGACGUCGGCUCGUGGGUGCGCAUGGAGGCAAUGCGCGGCGUGGCGGCGGUGGCCGAGGCGGUGGCGGCCGGCGCGUCUCACGGCGCCGCGUUCCCCAACUCGGCUUGGAACGAGGCGGUGGCGGGGCGGGCUGUGGCUCGUAUUGCACGGCAGGCGCUGGAGAAGAUCGACCGUGUUCGCGAGCUUGCGACGGCGACGCUCUUCCGGAUCGUGGCUAUGGACGUGCCGUGCAUGGUGUGGGCGGAUGAGUUUGCGAGCGGCGUGGCACUCGCCGGCGAAGACGCCAGCUUUGGAGUGCUCGUCCCCCUCCUGCUCGGCGAGCCAACGCUUUGCCGCGAGGCGAUGAGUGGGCUUGUGGUGUCUGUUGGCGAUCUUGCGCAGUCUGUGGCACACGAGGCGUCGCGGGCGCUUUUGGGCAUGGCUCGCGGCUCGGACAGUGCGGCUCAGCGGGUGGUUGAGCUCCUCCUCGCCACGCUUCGCGGACACUCGGGCGACUCGCGGGUUGUGGUUCCCACCCUCAAGACCCUUGACGCGCUGUUUGCGGCGGGCGUGAUGGAGACACAGGCGAGUGCGGCUGGCGAGCUACUGGGCGCAGUCCAGACCGAGCUUCGCGGCUCGCGGGAUGUGCACAAGCUCAUGGCGGGCGCCAAGGUUCUGGGCAGCAUGCUCAUGUACGGGCGCCAGGUGGCGGUCGGUGCGCUCAAGGUGCUCCUCUCAUUCCUGGCACACCCGUACGCCAAGCUCCGCAAGCACACGGCCGAUGAGCUGUAUCUCGCCCUCAACACGUACGAGGAUCACAUGCCCGACGAUGAGGACGAGGCCGAUGACCUGCUCGACCUGCUCUCGGACUUUGCGUGGGACGGCGACCGCUCCGCCGCCGCGGCUGCCCGCGAUCCGCUGUUCGAGGGUCUCGGCGUGCCCAAGCCCGCGCCGCGGAAGGUCACGGGUGGUGGAAAGGCCAAGGCCAGCAGUGGCCAAGCCGGAGCGGCGGGAGCAUCAGCAGGAGCAGCGCCGACCGGCGGCUACGCCGACCUUGGCAAGCCAAGCCAGCAGCGGCGGCUGGCGCGGUUUGAGGAGGUGCCGACAUGGAUGCAGGACAACAAGUACAUCCGCAGCGGGUACCGGGUGGACUACAGCCUUGCCGAGUGUACGUGGUCCAUGGUUGAGAGACACAAUGAGGUGGCCAACAUUUGGAGCCAUCUUGUGGGCGUGCCGGUGUUUGUGGCGCUCGUCGUCUGGGUGCUGAGCGGAAGAGCCGAGCUGGCGAGCGAGGCAUGGCUGGAGCAAGCGCCGUUUCUGGUGUUUGUGUGCGGGUGCGGGGCAGCGUACACGGCAUCGGUUGUCUUUCACACCUUUCUCUGCCACUCGCACGCGGCGCUGAUCAUGUGCUCGCGGCUCGACUACAGCGGCAUUGUGCUCAUCAUCAUGACCUCGAUCAUGCCCGGCGUAUACUACGGCUACCACUGCUCGCCUGGGCUGCAGCAGUUGUACACGCUCAGCAAUCUUGUGUUGGGCAGCGUGACGGUGGUGGCACUGCAGUUCUCGAUCCUCUAUACCAAGCCAUGGCGGAGGUUCCGGACCCUGUUGUUUGCCGCGUUUGCGUCGUCAGGCGUGGUGCCUGCGGUGCACGCGCUGUUUGAGCUCCCGAUGGUGCCGCACGUCUCAGUGUCGCUCCUUUGGCUCGUGGUCAUGUACGGCUUGCUCGGUCUCGGCGCAGUGGUGUACUUUUAUCGGAUCCCGGAGCGAUGGUGGCCCGGCCGGUUCGACCUUUUGGGCGCGUCGCACAACUGGUGGCAUGUCUUCUCGCUCUCGUCGUCGUUUGUUCACGCGUACAACGUGUACCACAUGUACUUGGCACGGACCACACUUCCGUGCGAAGAAGCGCGGGCGUUGCCGUCGAUGGCGCAGGUGGCGUGGAGUAAGAUGAUGGGAUGA